AUGCCAUUUGAGCAGCUGAAGUUCAAGGAGCUGGGUGAGGAGGAGCCCACGUGGGAGGAGGAGAACCUGGACAGUGUGAAGGCGCUGACAGCCAAGCUGAAGCUGCAGACGAGGAGACCUUCCUACCUGGAGUGGGAAGCCCGGGUGAGGGGACAGCCCUGGCGCAGUCGGACCCCUGGGGGGACACGAGGGACAGAGCAGGUACCUGGGCACCCUGAGGAUGAGUGUGGUGGCAUCUGUGGCUUUGCCACCAUGGAGGCGGCUCUGGAGUGGCUGAGGAUGGAGCUGCGGGAGAUGCAGGCUGCGGACCAGCGCCUGGCACAGCAGCUGAUGCGCCUGCGAGCACGGCUGCACCAGCUGAAGGGGGAGCAGGCCUGUCACCAGCACAAGGAGAUGCUGGACGAUGCUACCUUUGGCCUCGAGGGCUGCGAGGAAGACUCAGACCUGCUCUGCAACAUCCCACCCAAAGCCGCCUUCCUGCUCUCCAUGCCACUCAAGCACAUCGGUGUCACCCGCAUGAAUAUCAACUCCCGACGGUUCUCCCUUUGCUGA